CGAUUUCGCGACGAUAUCGACUCGCGCGCGAUGGCCGGCGCCGCGCGGACGACCGCGCCGACGUCGCGCAAGCCCGCGUUCAGCGCGUUCUCGCAGCAGCAGCUCUGGGCCAGGCGACCGGCGCUCACGCCCGCGCUCACGGCGAAGUUGAUGAUCAGCAUCGGCGUCGCGUGUUUCGCCGUCGGUGCGGCGAUCUUCAACACCGCCAACGAUCUGCGCACGCUGGUGAAGAGAUACGACGACGCGGCGACGUGCGCGAGCGGAUUUUUCCCGACCUCGGCGGAACAGGCGAUGCAAAUGUCGUUUAACGGCGCGGGGACGACGUGCACGGUGACGCUCACGGCGAAGUCGAACAUGAACAAGCCGGUGUACGUGUACUACGAAUUGAGCAACUUUUUCCAGAAUCAUCGCGCGUUCGUGAGGGACUUGGAUUACUUCCAAUUGAUGGGGAAACCGUCUCAAGGCUUGUGCACGACGCACGAAAAGACGUCGGCGGGGGCCGAGAUUAGCCCUUGCGGCGUGCAGGCGUGGAGUUUUUUCAACGAUUCGUACGCGGUGGCGGUGAACGGCGCGGCGACGACCAUCGACUCUGCGAACAUCGCGUGGAAAUCGGAUCUGAAGUAUAAGCUCGGGGAUUACGCACCGACGAAUAUGAAUACGGAUCAAGCGACUCGCGGUGGGGGGCAGAUUACGGGCAACGUCGACACAGACGAAGACUUCGCGACGUGGAUGCGCACUGCGGCGCUGAGUAAGUUCCGUAAACUCGUCGGCGUGAUCAAUGCGGAUAUUGCCAAGGGCGACACGAUCACGUUUACGAUACAGAAUCGCUACAACACGUACAAGUUUAACGGUGAAAAGGCCGUUGUAUUGGCGACAAACAGUUGGAUCGGCGGACGCAACCUCGUAUUUCCAGCCUGUUACUUUUUGGCCGGAAGCUUGUGCUCAGGAUUAGGCGCGGUCGGCGUCUUCUUGCACAUUUUUGGAGACAAAUUCAAGAGCGAGUCGACCAACGAGUGGUCGACGCGUCUGUAACGAUGGUUGUGUAAUAUCAUUUUCGUACAUGUCAAAAA